UACACUACGUGUGUAUUAAAGAAUAAAAGUGGAACUUCCCACAAAUGCAAAUGUCUCAGGAGGCACAUGCUGAUGCCGAUGAUGCGCAAAAGCCGGUGGCAGGAAGAGAACUAACGCAAGUCCCUGCUGCUUGAGUCGAAAAUGUAACUAACGUCGAGAAAAUCUUAUCUAUGAGCCGGAAAACCGCUCAGCCGCCACACUUCAUAUCUCAUCCCGUGGACCUGAGCACGAGGCAGAGCCGAUGAGGUGACUGGGGAACUUCUAAAGGCUCCUCAGGACGCAGGGGCCUGAACUGAGUCUUUCUUCUCAGACAUUUUACCUCUUGAGACACUAAUGGAGCGGAUCCAAUGGCUUCGUUACAGAUGGCAACAGGUGGCUUCCACAGAGUCAAAGCAAGGCUGGUCCUCUGCCAAUGACUCAGCAACAUUAAAAGCUGAUUUAGAUUCUAAGGACCACUCCGGACGCAAGCUUCAUGGAAAACGAAGAACGGUGGUGGCACGAUGUGGUCCACACUGGGCAGAAUACCAGAGCAUCUCGAAAGGAUAUCAAGGCAACAACAUUCGGACCACCAAGUACACUCUUCUCAGCUUCAUACCUAUGAAUCUGUUCCAGCAGUUUCACAGAGCUGCAAACAUCUACUUCCUGGCCCUGGUGUUGCUGAACUGGGUUCCAGUGGUGGAGGCCUUUCAGAAGGAGAUCACCAUGAUCCCACUCGUUGUCGUGCUCACUGUCAUCGCCUUCAAAGAUGCUAUAGAGGAUUACAGACGCUACUGCUAUGACCAGAGGAUCAACAACAAUCUCACACAUGUGUACAGUCGCUUCUCUGGUUUUCUUCCACCUCCCAAAAAAUCAUCAAGAGAUGGCUUUGCUAAGACAAAUGAGCCCCAAGUGUGAAUGUGUGCGUACAUUGUGCUCUGGCAUUGUGAACAUGUAUCCCAACUACGCUGUAUUCCCAUCACACCCAGUGUUCCUGGAACUGGCUUCAGAUUCACAACAACCCUGACCAGAAUCAAUUAGUUACUAUAGUUACAUAGAAUGAUAUACACACAGACUAAAAAUAAAAGAACGACAUACAUUUUCUUUCUCUUUUCAUUAUGUGGUUAUUUAGUUUUAAUUCUUUUUCUUCAUUGUCAACAAGUUUGUCCUGAGUUUAGUGGAAUUUAUAUACUGAUUUAAAAUAAAAUAUA